AUGGCGGCCACAACCUCAACCACCACCAUCACCAACAAGUCCUUGGCAUGCCCUGCCUCACGGAAGGUGGUGUCACACACAUUCCGGCCCAAAUUUCCUCUUGACCCCCUUGCCGGCACAAGGUACAACUCGCCGUGGCUGCUAAACGUGGAGGCUCUCCUCUCGACAGCGCUUCACGCCCCUCGCCAUGUCAUUCUUGUUCUGGGAACACCAUCGUUCGACGAGCUCGACACACUGCUUCAAUCCCGCCACCUCUCGCAGUCGCUCGUGAUCCUCGCGACCCACACGCCACCUGCCAUUCCACCCGAUAUCCUCCCCGCUUUGCGGAUUCUCCGCCUUUCAACACCCUUGAACGAGGUUGCAGGCGCAAUUUCGUUCGUGAAUGUAUUGGAGUGGGCAGAGCGCGUCGCGCGUGUUUGGCGCGAAUACGGCGGCUCGGGUAUAGCUGAGCUGUCGGAGAACGACGCUGGCUGCGACUACAAAUCCGCGCAUCGUUCUAGCAGUGCUCCCGCUCGACCCGUAUCCCUUCUGGAACACCUCAGUGACUCGCGAGCUGGGUCGGAGCGAUCCAGCAAAAUCCUGCGUCCUCGCCCCCCCUCGCUUCCUUUCGCGGAUCCGACACAAAGGGCGUUCGACGCGAUCAUCAACUUCCUCCCUGAUAGUGUCACAGACAAGACGCUCCUCAAGCAAGUGAUAUUCACUACCGGGGUCGCCCAUCCGUUCCUCAGCGCCAGACAGGGCUUAUCACAUUCUCCAUCAGCGUUGCCGCUCUCACUAUCAUCUCCGUCGACGCCUUCGUCCGUCCGCUCCAAGCGGCGUUCCAUCUUCGGCGCACUCAGCGCGGCAGGCGGCCGGGCCUCCAUCUUCACAUCGCCCUGCGGGUCCAAAAGUGACCCCUCGUCCGUUCCACCCCUCUCCGCACACCUCGUGCACUUGCUUCCCUCCUCACUUCCGUCCACCUCCGCGCUCGCGAAGUUGACGGAAAACAUCGAAUCCUUCCUACUCUCAUUUGCCUACCCGGCCGCCCCAGACCCGCACGCGCCAGAACCCGCGCGGCCAUACGUCAUGGGCGCCUGUACCUUCGGUACCGCACUGAGCGCAGGCUUUGGUGCCUUGGGCUUGGCAUCUGCUAACGAGGCACGCUGGACGGUUGCCGACGCGGUGCUCUGCGGCGCGUUCGACGGCGAGGUCCCCGCGGGAGGCCUGCGGGAGGGCCUUGCAGCGCGGUGGGGCGCCGCGCCCCGGGCGUGGAUCGCGGACGCGCGGGACGUGGUGUACGUGCCGUCUCCAGCGUCGUCUUGGGGCGACAUCACCCCUCCGCCCACUGCGCAUGUGCACGCGCUGCACACGGGGGCCCUGACCGCACAGACGGCCAUCGAGCGCCAGAGUCUAUCUGCGCAGGAUAAGGGGAAGGAGCGCAUGCCCGGCCCGCCGGAGAUCAUGUUGUCGCGGGGCGCGAGCGCAGAGGGCGGCCUGCAGCAAGCCAGUCCGCUGACGCCGAGCGAAUUAUCGGCGGCGGUGUGUGGGAUGCCGCGCUCGCCUGUUGUGAGCUCGCCUACACCGCCCGACUCGGACGAUUCGGGCGUGGAGUCGUCAGCGUCGAGCGUCGCGGACGGGGAGAAAGGGAAGGCCGUGAGUGGGACGCGCGGCGGGUGGAAGUUCUGGAGAGUGCUGGCGUAG